AUGUUCGGUGCCCACGUCGGCGCGUUCAUGGGCGGGCAGCUGCGCAUCGAGAACACCGAGCUGUUCCGCACCGGGCAGGCGGCGAACCUUGGGAGGUACUCCUCGCACUGGCACGUGCUCUCGUCCGGCCGCAACGUCGACGUGAUGGACAUCGCGUACCUGCGGAACAACUCGUACCACGACACCUUCCAGCGGGCCGUGGUGGUCCACAGCACCGACUACGCCACGGUGAUGCACAACGUGGCCUACCACGUGCGCGGCCACAUGUUCUUCACGGAGACGGGCCAGGAACACUACGCCCUCUUCGAGCACAACCUGGCCGUCGAGCCGCUCCCGCACCAUCUGCUGCUGGACGACGACGAGACUCCGGCGGGCUUCUGGCUGCCGGGCUUCACAGGCUGGCACCGCUCGAACCUCGCCGUGAACUGCCACCGCGGCUGGCGCGUGCGGAAGCUGGAAGGCGUGGCCUCCGAACAGACAGACCUGACGUUCUUCAACAACUCCGCGCACGCCUGCGGCUUCGGCUGGCACCUGAAGCCCCCGCACGCCCCGCCGACAAUGAACACCUUCCAGACGUUCACCGCGUUCCGCUGCGCAACCGGCAUGUUCUAUCCCAAGCGCCGUGUGGCGAGCCGCCGAGGCCCCCCCCCCCCGCCUGGGGCCGCCCAGCAGAGCCCCGGGAAGCUGCAGGGGUGGAGCGUGCGUUGGGGGGCCCCAAACGGUGCGGUGACCACACCGUGCGGUGAGUCGGCGGCGAUUCGGGGUCACUGCACGGUUUUGGGACUCGGGUCCCUCUCCGAGGAUGUCUCGGGCGACGGGGGCCUCCAGGGUCCCAAGACCGUGCGGUGA